AGUCACGUUUCCUUGUCGUCGUCGUUAGAACGCGUACCGUCGCCUAUACACCUCCAUGCACCGAACAGUAGUGACAACAUUACAGCGAAAUGGAUAAAGCUACGGAGUUAAUCCAACCGGAAGAACGGUUGAAACUGUCGCGUAUUCCGAGUUCUUCGUUUUCCAUAGAAAAUCUCAUCGCGACGGAACAUCGACAAAUCGGAAGUCAUUCGCCGCCGGUAUCGGAUCGAUCGCGACCAGUGCCGGGGGACGGCAGUCCCUACCUGGUCAACGGCUACAACGCAGCUAUGCUUUCGUUUACGAACUUUCCCCUGUACAAUCCUUGGGUGGGUUACCUAUCGCAAACGGCAAAUGAAAAACUAUCGCAACUGUUUUCCAGCGCCACAAGUGGUAGCGGAGGUGAUAAACGUGGCCAUAAAUCAGUACCAAGCGAACCCGGUGAAGCUGGGCCCGGUCCUGCCAAUAGCAGUGACGAUGCCGGCAGCGGUGGUGGUCAAAGUGGUGAUAAAUCUUCGAUCGAAGUGAACGCCUUGAAGACGUUUCCGGGAGUGGCGGCAUACGGUGCCGCGCCGGGUCUCGAAGUGGCAGCGCAAUAUUUUGCAAACACUCGGAGAUCCCUCUAUCCGACGGAUUUCGGUGAAAGUGGUGAUAAGAUAAAUCACAGUGGCUAUGGUGGUGGUGGUGUGAGCAGUGCUAUCGGUGGAAGAAUAUUCUUGAGGAAUUUCAAUGGUGAACUGGCGUCGGCGGCCAGCCGGAGUAGUUUGGACAUACAGGACUCGGAUUCGAGGCAGUCGUACCUGAACAUUGAUCGAGACGAUGACGAGCAGCCGGCGGGUGACGCUGGAGGGGAUAGCAACGACGACGGGUCCUACAGCGACGAUAUCAGUUUGUCACUAUCGCCGACCGGGUGCGGUAAAAGUACCGAACUGGACGAAACCGAUUCCGAGCCAUGUUCCGACGAUGAUGGAACCUCCCCGCACAGUGCGUCCCACUCGAAAACGGCCAACGGUGCCGGCAGUGGUACGGGAGAAAAAGAAAACUGCUCCAAAUCCCGCCGGAGACGGACUGCCUUCACCUCGGAACAGCUGCUAGAGCUGGAACGGGAAUUCCAUGCCAAAAAAUAUCUCAGCCUAACGGAGCGCAGUCAGAUUGCCACCACGUUGAAGCUGAGCGAAGUACAGGUCAAAAUUUGGUUCCAGAACCGGCGGGCCAAAUGGAAACGGGUGAAAGCUGGUCUAAAUUCACACGGGCUGGCCGGGCGGGGUGCCAGCGGGGCUGCUACCAACAGUACCAAAAUUGUAGUUCCUAUUCCGGUGCACGUGAACCGGUUUGCGAUCCGAUCUCAGCACCAGCAGAUGGAGAAGAUGAACCUAGUCGGCCCGAAGGCAGAGCUCCGCAAGGACCUGGGCAUGGAGGCGAGCAGCUUCGAGCGGUUCGGUUUAAGUAAGUUGGCGUCCAAAUCGGCGGCGGGUGGGUUUUAAAGUUGGGAGAGUGUGCUGCGGGAGACGGAGUGAACGCGACCAAUUUGCGUGAUUGUGAUUGUUUUUAGGCUAGAGUAAAUUUUAGAACUUGAAUGAGAUUGAGAGCAAUUUACUCAUUGGCUGGCAGUGCGGGUUGAAGCAAGAGAGGGCCAAUUAGUCAUCGAGUGUGGGGAUUUAUUUUUCAAAUCGUUGCACCCGGGCCAAAUGCAGUCACGGAUGGAACGGACUGCGGGAGAUGUACAUUAAUUUGGGCAAUCUGUUGUAAAUGUGUUUGGAAUCGCUCGACGAUGAUUAUACAAAUUGUGUGUACAUGUACAACAGCCACGAAUUGAGUGCUACUUAAUGUAAUGAUUUUAAUUUUACGGGACGAGUACGAACAUUGCGCGCA